UAUAAGAAAAAAAAUAUUAUUUUUUUAUGUCUCAAAUUAUAUCCAAUAACCAGUAAGAAAGAUUCCACGACGGUGCAAGUGCAAUCGUCGGAAACCAAAUCAAUUUCUCAGAUCGAAAUUUUCCCUUUUCCUAUCCAAAUUUUCUACCGUUUCCUAAUUUCUGAGCAACAAAAUAGGUUAAACAUCUUCAUUUCCAUUCGUUGGAUUUUGCCGCGCCUCCAACAAUGGAAGCCACUGACAACAACUCAUCAGAAUCCACCGUCCAAAAUGAUUCUGAAAGAUUACCUGGUAUGGUUAAUUGGGGUCCAGCAACUGUUAUUGCAGUAUUUGCAGGCAUGUUAUAUGGUGGUAGCAGGGAGGCAUCUUCUUCUGUUAGCAAGGAUGCAGAAGUGAUGUUGAAACUUGGGAGCACAGAAGACAAACGAGCGCAAUAUCGGUUGAUGAGAGAUGCAAUGGAGAAACGGUUCAUUCGAGUUACACGAGGCGCACUAGUUGGAGGGGUACGACUUGGAAUGUUCACUGCUGCAUUUUAUAACAUACAAAAUCUGCUUGCGGAGAAACGUGGUGUGCAUGAUGUUUUCAAUGUUGUGGGAGCUGGAUCAGCCACUGCUUCAGCUUUUGGUUUAAUAAUGCCCGGAUCAUUCCGUUGGAGAGCAAGGAAUAUGGCACUAGGAUCAGUACUGGGAGCAGCAUUUUGUUUUCCUCUUGGUUGGAUCCAUUUGAAGAUGGUAGAAAUAGCGAAUGAAGGGAAUCCGGAUGCACAUCCACGUUCAGACCAGAAAGAAGUGAAGAGUGGCGUUAGUGCUGCAAUUGAGAGGCUUGAAGGAAAUUUAAACAAAUGAAAGAAAACUGUUGUUAUGCGUGAUAAUGAUGCCCCUUGCACCCCUUGUCAUUUUUAUUUUCUCAGAGAAGGUCUCUUGUGUUUGACAAUGGGGAAAGCACUUCAAAUGCUACUCGUAUCCUCUUCAUAGGAAAAUAAGUGCUAAUUCAGUAAUUUAGCGUCAGGUUUUUCAGUUGAGAUUAUUAGGUAAUUUAGCUACUCGUGUUCUUGCGGCUCACAGCCAACAAGAGAAGGAAAAAUUUUAAAGAGCUUAAUUGGGUUUGUCCUAUACUUUUAUAAUUUAAACACUUUUGUAACAGUGUGGUGCUUGAAAGAGCUUAUGAUAUAAAGUAUAAACGAAUAUGUAGAGCUUAUGUGAAAUUUUUCUUUGAA